CUAUGUAAACAAUAAUUGAAAAUAACAUUUUAGGACGAAAGGAGUACAUAUUUACAAUCAAAGUAGAUCAAAUUAGACAUCAAACAAAUGAGAUCACACAUUCAGAACAAACACUAUUUUUUUACAAGACUUUGCUCUUAUCUUAAAAAAGAAACUAUUUUUCAUUUUUUACACCUUUAUUAAAUUGCGUAAAAAUCAAAUUGAAUAUAAAGUAUGUUUUAUUUUUCAUUUUCAUUUUUUUAAGACGGGAGUCGCAUAAUCGCAAAGAAAUCCAUAAACCAGAGAAAUGGCAUCUUCAUUCACUCCUCACCCUCUCCUAUCCUUCUCUCACCCCCCAUCAACACCUUCUCCCAAGGCAACAAUCGCCCCGCCGCCGCCCGGCUCACCACCGGAGCACCAACAGCCAAUCGUACAAAUGGGGAUCGGCGUUAGUAACAAAAGGGGCGGCCGUCGCGGCGGCGUUUCAGCUAGAAUUAACGGCGUGGAUAGCACAGAUUGGGUCGCAUCUUCAUUGACCCGGAGGUUUGGGAUCGGGGCGGGCCUGGCUUGGGCCGGGUUCCUUGCUCUUGGGGUCAUUUCUGAGCAAGUCAAGACUCGCCUUGAAGUUUCAAACCAGCAAGCUAACACAAGGGAUGUAGAAGAGGAAGAAGAAGUUGUUUUACCAAAUGGAAUAAGGUACUAUGAACUACGAGUAGGUGGAGGCGUCGUGCCACGAAGAGGAGACUUAGUGGUAGUUGAUCUCAAGGGGAGCAUCAAAGGUGCCAUUGGGGAAGAGUUUGUGGACACAUUUGGCGAGAAGAAGAAACCAUUGGCUCUUGUAAUGGGAUCAAGGCCAUACACAAGAGGAAUGUGUGAAGGGAUAGAAUGUGUGUUGAAGACAAUGAAGGGAGGGGGGAAAAGAAGAGUCUUUGUCCCUCCCAAACUUGGCUUUGGAGAAAAAGGGGCAAAUUUUGGCAAUGGAGUUGAAGUUCCACCAUUGGCAACACUUGAAUAUAUUGUUGAGGUUGAGAGGGUUUCGCUUGCACCCGCUUGAAUUUAAAUACUUUCUCGGUCUUAAUUUACGUUGUUUUGUACAAUAUUUGUAAUAUCAAAAUUUAUCUACUAGUUUGCCUAUUUAUGUUACUUGUUUGUUAAAAUAAUGAUCAUUACACCUC